GUCUUGUGUCUUUUUUAUCUGGCAGCUUCAGUUUAAGUGUCAACUCUGAGAGGUUCCGCCUGAUGGGAAGGAGUUCCUGCAGUUACCUGGUAACAUAGGAUCCUGCUAUUACAAGGCUCUCAAGACAUGGCAGUGAACAACAGAGAAAAUACCUUGGAUCUGAUGUUUGAAUUCCAGAAAUGAAAUCUAAAGGAAAAUAAUAGGCUGUGGACACAGGACUGUCUGCAGGCAAAUAGUUCCAGAGCAUACUGAAGGACAAUCUUCUAACGAAUAGUUAAUUUCACUGUAUCUGGAUUCCUGCUUCUUUUUCGAAAUGGCAGGUGCGAGUCCCUGUGUAAAAUAUUCUAUGUUUGUCUUCAACUUCGUGUUCUUGCUAUGUGGUAUCUUGAUCCUGUCAAUAGCAAUAUGGAUCCGAGCAAGCAAAGAUGGACAAGGGGCUGUUAAUUCUGGGGACAAUGGGGCUAACUCCCAUUCUUCUGUGAAUAUGUUGAUUGCUGUAGGUGCCAUCACCGUUGUUAUGAGUUUCCUGGCAUGUUAUGGUGCUCUAAAGGAGAAUCGCUGUAUGCUUCUUUUGUUUUUCAUAGGUUUGUUUCCGAUCCUGCUCAUGCAGUUGACAGCAGGUAUCCUAGCAGCGAAAUUCAAACCUGAGGCUGAGCGUGCUUUGAAGGCAACUCUCCGUGAAAGUGCACAGCUCUUGAGUCAAACAAAUGAAGAAGGAAGAAAAUUUCAGAAAACCAUGGUUACAUUCCAAAAAGAGUUUAAAUGCUGUGGUUUGAUCAGUGGAGCUGCUGAUUGGGGAAGUAAUUUUGAAGAAGCUUAUGAGUCAUGUAAAUGUUCAAAUCCAUCAGAUUCUUGUAUAACUUAUACAGGAAGAAAUGUUUAUAAACAGACAUGUGAACCAGUUAUAAGAGCCUCGGUUUCAAACCACCUUGAUGUAGUUAUUGGACUAUCAUUCGGAUUGGCAGCUGUCGAGGUACUUGGUAUGGUGUUUUCUAUGAUCCUGAUUUGCCAGAUUGAAAAAAGAUGAAUUUGUUCAUGGAUAUGAUAAGCUACCAUCAGUUCAAACCCUUUUGCAAUUUUACUUUGGCUUUGUGACUUUAAAUAUAUGAGUGUUGUAUAUGUCCAGAGCAGCUGUCUUACUAAAAUGCCUCCUUUAACUAUA